GCUUCUCGCGGAGCGGCCAAGGCGUCAUGUCCGCUGCCACGGCCAGAACUUGGGAAGAAUCCGGAAGGGGUGCCCGCAUGGAGGACGAGCUCAGCUGCCCCCUCUGCCUGUCUCUGUACAGGAGCCCAGUGCUGCUGAGCUGCGGUCACAGCUUCUGCGAGCACUGCAUCAACCAGGUGCUUGAUGGCCAGCAGCAGUCCAAGGCCCCUUACUCCUGCCCCAUAUGCAGGCACCAGCUGGGGCCCGUCCUGGAGCUGCAGAAGAAUUUCCAGCUGGGCAGGAUCGUGGAGGCGUUUAUGGCUGCUUCCGAAGGGCAGCAGGGCUUGAGCUCUGCAGGGGAGAAGAAGGAAGCGGUUCCCUGUGAGUUCUGCCUGGAUCCGCCGAAGCCGGCGGUGCAGACCUGCCUGGCCUGCGAUGCGGCUUUGUGCCAGGCCCAUCUGAACAAACACAACACCAAGGCUUCCUAUAAGGACCACGUCCUGGUGCGGGUGGGGGCAGGCGCUGCUGGGGAAGAGAGGAGGUGCCCGGAGCACGGCAGGCUGCUGGAGCUGUACUGCCAGGACGAGGGGCAGUACAUCUGCGUGCUCUGCUCCAUCGCAGCAUGCCACAAGGGCCACAGCAUCAUCACCCUGAAGGAGACCUACGACAAGAGGCUGGAUGAACUCUCAGACCUCAUGACAAGGCUGCAGGAACGUAAAAUAGCUUUAGCUACUGCCCUAGGAGAGCUUCAGGAAGGCGAGAAUCGGCUCAAGACCAAUACAAAAACAGUGACUUCUCAGCUGCAAAAGCUGUUUGAAGAGAUAAAGACAGCGAUAAUUGAGAAAGAGAAGAUGAUCCUGGGUGACAUUCAAUCCAAUGAGAAAAAAAACCUGGCAGAUAUUACCAAAGUGAAGCAGGAAAUGGAACAGAAGAGAGAUGAGGCUGCACAGCAUCUUCAGUCUUUGCAGAAGAUGAGAGAGCAACCAGAUAUGUUUCUCUUUGUCAAAGAAUUUAAACAGGCCAAGGACAGGAUUCUAAGUAAGAAUUUCAGCAUCAGCAUGAUGAACAUGAUGGUGGUGCAGCUGGACGAGGCCACGAUUAACUGCUGUCGACGCUUCUCUUGGGAGGUCAUGAGACAACUGGACUCGGCACUGCAAACCCUGCAGGGUGAGCGAUCUGACCCCAGGCGGAAAGCAACAAGUGAUGGGUGGCUGACGGGCACUGAAUGGUGGCAUGUGUGUGCUUUUGAGGGGGUUCACAAGGAUUCCAGUGGGAUCUUGGGACUAUUGAAGAGGGGAGGCCAAAGAGGACAGAAAAACUUGUUUCUGGGGAUAAUAAGGAAAAGGUCCACUCCUAACUACAGAGUAGUCAAAAGUUAUCAGAUGCCAAGAAUGCAGUACCUCACCAUACCUGUAUUUUAUGGUAGUCACUUGAUAAGAGAGGGAGUCCUUGAGAUGACAGCAAUGGCAGAAUUCAACAGCAUCCAUUCAGUGACUGAAAUGCCAGAAGGAGACAAUCCGAAAAGUGGUUUCCAUCAUGGAAUGUUCUUGGAACCCCAAGAGAAGAAGAAGAGCAUGAAGGCUCUGGUGGUUAAGCAAGCAAAGAAAACUUGCAGCUGCACUCCAGCCAAAGUUAAAGACUUUGUUUUAAGUUUCUUUCCUGUCUUGCAGUGGCUUCCUAAAUACAAACUGAGAGAGUACCUACUGGGAGACAUAAUGUCUGGUGUGAUUGUGGGGGUCUUACUAGUCCCACAGUCAAUUGCUUAUUCUCUCUUGGCUGGGCAGGAGCCUAUAUAUGGCCUUUAUACAUCCUUUUUUGCUGGCAUUAUUUAUUUCAUAUUUGGAACUUCCCGCCACAUCUCAGUUGGCAUCUUCGGUGUGAUUUGCCUGAUGGUGGGACAAGUGGUGGAUCGUGAGAUACAGAGAGCAGGCUAUGAUGCAGAGCCAGCUGCACUCAGUGGCCUCACAGUUACAGCAGCAUAUGCAAACACCACCAGUUCUCCUGUGAAUCGGACAUCACAGGAGCUGCUCUGUGAUAAAAGCUGCUAUGCAAUUACAGUAGGAGCCACUAUGACCUUCAUAGCUGGAGUUUAUCAGGUGGCCAUGGGUUUCUUUCAAGUGGGCUUUGUCUCAGUGUACCUCUCCGAUUCAUUGCUGAGUGGAUUUGUCACGGGUGCCUCCUUCACCAUCCUGACUUCACAAGCCAAGUAUCUCCUGGGUCUAAACAUACCAAGGACCAGUGGCAUUGGCUCCCUCAUAACCACAUGGAUAAACAUCUUCAGAAACAUACACAAGACCAACGUCUGUGAUCUCAUCACAAGCAUCUUGUGCUUUCUUGUACUUAUCCCAACCAAAGAGCUUAAUGAUCAUUUUAAAUCCAAGCUCAAGGCUCCAAUACCAGUUGAGCUAGUCGUGAUUGUGGCAGCUACUCUGGCAUCUCACUUUGGGAACCUGAGAGAGACUUAUGGCUCAAGCGUUGCAGGACGCAUCCCAACUGGGUUUCUGCCACCCCGUCCUCCAGACUGGAACCUGAUUCCUAAUGUGGCUUUGGAUGCUAUCCCCUUAGCUAUUAUUGGCUUUGCCAUCACUGUCUCCCUCUCGGAGAUGUUUGCCAAGAAGCAUGGUUACUCUGUGAAGGCCAACCAGGAAAUGUAUGCCAUUGGCUUCUGCAACAUCGUUCCCUCUUUCUUCCAUUGUUUUAUAACAAGUGCAGCUCUUGCGAAGACUCUUGUUAAAGAGUCCACAGGCUGUAGGACACAAAUGUCUGGCAUGGUGACUAGUUUGGUAAUCCUAUUAGUCCUCCUUGUGAUUGCACCUUUGUUUUACUCCCUUCAGAAAUGUGUCCUUGCUGUCAUAACCAUUGUAAACCUCAGAGGAGCCCUGCGGAAGUUCAGGGACCUGCCAAAGAUGUGGCGUUUGAGCAGAGUGGAUACAGUGAUCUGGGUAGUUACUAUGGCAGCCUCAGCACUCAUCAGUACUGAGAUUGGUCUUUUGGUUGGUGUUUGCUUCUCUAUGCUCUGUGUCAUUUUCCGAACUCAGAGGCCUGAGGCACCACUGCUUGGUUGGGUGGCGGAGUCUGAGACAUAUGAAUCCCUGUCUGCUUACAAGAAUUUGCAAACCAAGCCAGGAAUUGUGGUGUUCCGUUUCGAAGCACCCCUCUACUAUAUCAACAAAGAGUGCUUUAAAUCCAUCUUGUACAAGCAAACUGGGGUCAACCCAGUCUGGGUGAAAGCAGCAAAGAAAAAGGCAGCAAAGAGAAUGCUUAGAGAGAAAGAGGUAGAUUCUGGUGGCAACCAGACCAGCAUCUCCAUGGAUUUUGUCUCUGAACCUCUGGGAUUUCACACAAUAGUGAUUGACUGUUGUGCAAUACAGUUUCUGGACACGGCAGGAAUACGCACGCUCAAAGAGGUCUGCAAGGACUACAGGGAGAUAGAAGUCCAGGUGCUUCUGGCCCAGUGCAACCCUUCAGUGAGGAGUUCCCUGAUCCGAGGAGAGUUCUUUAAAGAGGGGGAAGACCACCUUCUCUUCCACAGUGUGCACCAGGCUGUGGACUUUGCACUGGGUGCACAGCAGCACAGUGGGACUGGUGUUUGUAAGAACUAGCUGGGGAAAGGCAGCAAGUUGGAACAAAGCUUGGGGAAAUAAUGGUGGAGGGUCUGUAUAUCUGUGCAAUAUAUAUGCACCCAGAUAAAAUGAAGCAGAGUGGUUAUUAACACACUGAUUACUUUGCAGUCUGUUUUGAUGCUUUAAAUUUGCCUCCUGGGUAUAGUGAUUCAUUAGGUGGUAUUGAAUGAAGGCAAUUCUUAACUUGAUUAUGGUCAAUCUGUGAAUCUUAAAGAGUUUUCAUAUGGUUAUUCAUCUCAUUUUUCUUCUCUCUAGAACUUACCAUGUCUUGGUUCCCCUCUAAGUUUUCAUCAUAAGCCUUGUAAGUCUUCAUUGCAACCCUUUGUAUGGAUGGGAUUUUGAAGUAGUCUGGGUACCUUGUCCAACUGAACAAUGAGAGGCAACUCAGUUCUUGUCACUCAUUCUGGCAUUGCUUUUCCACAUCACCACACCCUUAUAUUUUCUAAGGAAUGACUGAUGAGGACUGUUUGCUCUAGUCUGUGCUGUUGAGUGAUUGAUGGGUGAUUUUGUAACGUCUUGAAUUUGAGACAGAUGGAUAAAUAAAAUCCAAAUGUGCAUGAAGAACAUUCUUAAUGAACAGCUCCUAACAACCUGUCACCUCCAGAGGCUUUGCCAGUGUCUCCUGGGAGCCUAGUAUGGCCAGGCAGCAAGCCAUGGUUGUCUCAUUUUUACACAGGCCUUUACAGGCCAUGAAAGCUUGCCCCUUCAGCUUCAACUUUUUAAUGUUUUUUUAUUCAGAGGUGACUGUUUAGAAACGUUUCAUGCCUAUGGUCAGGCAUUUGUUUUCCUAACAUUUAAAAGCUCUUAAAAUUGUGGGCAUUACAUACUGAAAAUGCUUAAUUCUUGAGUUUCAAUCGGAAACAGUCCCUUUUAGCCAGAUUUAUAUGCCAGGCAGACAGGAUCACAGACACCAGAACAAAAAGGGCCAAAUAGAUAUCCAACAUCUGUCUAGUUUUGUCAGUGUUGAACAGAUUUCAUGUGUGAAUGCAGGUUUUGUUGACUGUAGCUCCUUUACUCAUACUCUGUCAUGGGCUUUGUGUAAUGGGGAUGGACAGGCAAAGAACAACAGCCGUUAGAAAAGGAGACAGAGAAAUUCUGUGCUGAAUGUUAGUGUAAAUAAACCUUUGUACUUUGGCUUUAAUUAUGCAGAACAGUGAACAGUACCUGUUCUUUGUGUGAAAACACAAAAGCUGGUUAGGAAGAGGUUCUCUUUCCUUACACCAAUAAUACAACUAUGAAAGCAGAAUUCAGAGAUUAACAGCUUAAACUGAGUUCCAUCUGUAUGCAGUACACUGUACAUCCUUGGAAGAUGGUGGUUUCUCCCAGGUUCUUCACAGCUUUUUGAAAGGGAAAAGUUGUUCUAUAAAUACAGUAUUCUCAUCCUUAAUCGUUCAAGAAUGAGUCAGGAGUCAAAAAGGAAUAAAAUGCAAUCUGAAUUAUGAA